ACGAAUUUGAAAAAUCUGGAAACAACUGCCACCUACGACCCGAAAACUGAAGAGUUUGUUAUCAACUCACCAACAAUUACUGCGGCCAAAUGGUGGCCUGGUGCUCUCGGCAAAUCUUCUAACUAUGCCAUUGUUGUCGCUCAACUCUACACUCAAGGAGUUUGCCACGGACCGCAUCCGUUUAUCGUUCAGUUGCGAGAUCUUGAUUCCCACAAACCAAUGAAAGGUGUCCGCGUUGGCGAUAUCGGUCCCAAGUUCGGCUUCAAUUCCAGCGAUAAUGGCUUUUUGUUGUUCGACAAUUACAGAAUCCCACGACAGAACAUGCUAAUGCGAUACUCCAAGGUGGAACGAGAUGGCACAUACGUCGCUCCGAAGCACUCGAAGCUUGGUUACGGUACGAUGGUCUUCGUACGGUCAAUAAUGAUCAAGGAUCAAGCUACCCAACUUGCUGCUGCCGCUUGCAUAGCAACACGUUACUCGGCGAUCAGGCGGCAGGGAGAAAUCGAGCAAGGGGCCGGUGAAGUACAAAUCCUCGACUAUCAAACACAACAAUUCCGCCUCAUGCCACAGCUGGCUCGAGCAUUCGCCUUCAUGUUCGCAGCGUAUGAAAUUCGUGAUAUGUAUAUGAAGGUCACUGAACAACUAACUCAUGGCAAUGUUGACCUUCUUCCCGAGAUUCACGCAUUGUCCUCUGGCUUGAAAUCGGUCGUUUCAUGGGAAGCCGCCCAGGGCAUCGAACAAUGUCGUUUGGCCUGUUUGGCUGGUCAUGGCAUAUUCAUCGGCAUCGGGCCUGUUCCGAAUCUACGCCCUAUUCCAGUUGACGUGUUGACUAUGAGGAGCGAGAUAUCGUCAUGUUGU